ACGACGCGAAAUUCGCUGAAGUAGCCAUUUCAUUAAAUUGUUUAAGAACUUACGCGACGCGCCAAAAAAAACAAACUUAAAAAAUGUCGGGCACUACUCAAAAGUACAGAAAUUUUGUGGCUGAGCCCAUGGGUGAGAAAUCCGUCACAGAAUUGGCUGGUAUUGGCGAAACGCUUGGUGGACGCCUUACGGAAGCUGGAUUUGAUAAGGCAUACACUGUACUUGGUCAGUAUUUGGUGCUGAAGAAGGACCAAGAAUUAUUCAAGGAUUGGAUGAAGGAUGUUUGUCACGCUAGCUCAAAACAAGCAUCCGAUUGCUACAAUUGUCUCAAUGAUUGGUGCGAGGAGUUCAUGUAAACGUUUCAAUGUAUAAAUUGUGGAAAAUCUCUGGACAAGCAAUUCAGUCGAAUGGGAUGAGGAAAUUUUAACCCAUACGAAUAUGAUGUUUAAUCUAUAAUACUAUAUGUUUUGUCAACAAUAAUGUUAAGCUAUUAUUAAAAUGUAAAUGUAUAUUAAUUAGAGUUCAA